AUGCCUCUUGCAGAAGAGCUGUUCAUCAGAGUUGCUGUGGACUUGAUCAGACCAGUAGCACCUGAAUCUGACAAGGGUAACUGGUACAUGCUGACAGUUGUUGACUAUGCAACAUGUUACCAAGAAGCUAUAGCACUGCCAAAGAUAGAGAUGGAGAGAGUAGUAGAAGCCCUCCUGAAAGUCAGAGAUGAUGGCAUCUCUAAAUCUUUUUUAGGUGUAUUUACUGGUUGCAGCACUUUGGCUCAAGCCCUGGCUAUCCCAGAAGAUGGUAAAGUAGUUGCUUGUGACAUUGAUGAGGAAACUGUUAAUCUUGGUAAACCAUUUUGGGAAGAGGCUGGAGUAAGCAACAAAAUUGACUUAAGAAUUGCACCAGCUAGUGAAACUUUGGAUAAACUACUGUCUGAGGGAAAAGCUGGAUCUUUUGACUUUGCUUUUAUUGAUGCUGAUAAAGAAAGAUAUCCUGACUACUAUGAAAAAGCUCUUCAGUUGCUGAGACCUGGUGGGAUCAUUACCAUAGAUAAUGUUCUUCAGAGAGGAAGGGUAGCAGAUCCUUCAGAAAAUGACAAAAAUACCCUCGCUAUUCGGGCUCUAAAUGAAAAGAUCAAGAAUGAUGAUCGAGUUGAUGUUUCAAUGCUGAGAAUUGGGGAUGGAUUAACAAUAGUAUUGAAACGAUAACAUCUAGGGAUUAAAUAACACUUGCACUGAAAUGAUAUGAAAAAGAAUCAACAAUGAUAUUAUGGAUUUUUUAAUUUUAGAUGUGUCAAUGGGGUUACAUGAAAAACUAUCACUGUUAUCAUAUAUAUAUAUAUAUAUAUUGAUAUAUAUGUAUACUGAGUGUUAAUUCAUAUACUCACUGGUGUCAGCUCUAAGUUCAAUCACAUUAAUAAUGCAAAUUAUGAUGCUAAAUACAAUACGUAAAUAAUUAGUUAUAAAUAUGUGAUCUUAUUUUCCAAAGAUUAUCAGAACAUGGUUGUAAUGAUGAUAAUAUAAGAUACACAUAUAAUUGGACUAUAUAUUCAGCUGUUGCUAUAUUAGAUGUGUCUCCCAUGUUUUUUAUGUGAAGGUAAAUUUUUUUAUUAAUUUUAGAAUAACUAUUAAAUUCUUUCAGCCAUGGAGUAAGCUUUGUAUAUGAAAAUGUAAUAAAUAUUGUGUGCAUA